UUUUUCAUUCAUUUCUCAUUCAGUACUUCCUGUGAAAGGUAAACAAAUGGCGCUCCACACUUUAAACCAUAAAAUGAUUAAAAAUGUAAGCCGAAUACGGAUAUUUAAGAGUUUAAAAUGCCCGGACAGAAGAGAAAAUAUAAUGUUCGCUUUCCACCCGGACGCAUUAAGAAAAUAAUGCAAAAGGAUACAGAGGUUGGACGAAUCGCUACAGCUGUACCAGUAAUCAUAUCUAAAGCUUUAGAAAUGUUCCUCAGAUCUCUUCUCAGCAUGACCUGUAAAAUAACCCAAUCCAGAAACAGCAGAGUGAUGUCCAUCAAUCACAUGAAACAGUGCAUUCAUUCAGAGAGGUUGUUUGACUUCCUGAAGGAUUUGGCAGAUCAGGCCUCCACUGCGUCAACAUCAGAAUGCAAAACUAAGGGCAAAUGGCAGUCACUCGGGAAACGGUGGAAAAGUGUUUCUAUCAAAGCCAGGUCACCUGAGAGUGAGGAGCCCCCCCAAAAAGCCACCAAUGAUCUGGUCAUCAACAGUGAUUCAUCCAGUGAGUCUGAGCUGUUUAUCUGUUUGGAAACUCAUUCACCUUAACCGGGAUUCUGAUAAGUUUUGCAAGACGCAACAAUCUCACACUGAAAACUGCAGUAUUAUGUUUGAAGACCCAACAUUUUUUGGGGGGUAGCUAUUCUUAGCAUCUGACACAAAUAUUUAAUUUUUAAUUUGUGAAAUUGCUCUGUUGUGGUAUUAUAACGACCAUGAAAUGAAUUAUAUAUUUUUUGUUUUCAAGUUUUCCAGGGAGUUUUAAAUUCCCAAUAGGGAAGAAAAUCAUUUGUUUAUUAUAUAAUAGACAUUUUGUGAUAGUGAGCAGCUUCACAAUAUAUAUAUAUUUUUUUUUCAGUUGGAUUCAUAAUUAAAACUGUAGUUUGAACUGUCUAAUGUUUAUAAUCUAACAUGAUUCUCUAAGCUGUGACUUAUGUGAUAUAAUAUUUAUAGAUAAAGGUAAAUAUUUAUUUUCUUUUUCUAUCAUCUUUAAAUGCAAGUCACUGGUUUUGUUAACCAUUAAUUAUCCACAGUAGGUUGCAGGGUUCUUUAAGUGGCAUAUUGUAUGACAAGGUCAAUUGUAUUUUAUAGUGAAUAUUCUAUAAAGUAUAUUUUAAGAUGGCGAUAUUACACAAUAUUGUAUAAAUAUGCAUUUUCUACUCUUAUCCUAACUACUGUGAUAACAAAUGAGACAAGAUGUAAUAAAAAAAAAGUUUAAAA